AUGAUGAGGAGCUCACAGCAAGCUGGAUGGUGCAAGAAACCCAGAUCAUCCACAAACACAAGAGCUACUUUGAAAGUUGUCAGGAAGACCCUGUACAUCACUGUUCUGCUCACCAUCACUGCAGUCACGGGAGCUACAGGGAACAAGAGAGUGUCAGCAACUGUAGGUAACAGCUGUGUGCUCACCUGCACUACCAAAUCAAAUGUAACCAUGGUAACAUGGAAAAUAAGCCCCAAGGUUGGAGGCCCCUGCACCUUGGGAUACAGGGCUGAUCAGAACAAGACAGACAAAACAAACUGCAGUGACAGCAUGAACUGGAAAUUCAGACCAGAUCGAGAUCCUACCCUUGAGAUACGGCAAGUGGGAAUAGCCCACGAAGGAAAUUACACCUGUGACGUAGUAACAACAGAAGGGAAUUUCCAUGAGAUGUACUACCUGACCGUGCUGGUCCCCCCCCGGCUGACCCUGUACUGUGAUGACCACGGGAACCCCGUGUGCGAGGCAGCGGCAGGGAAGCCGGCUGCUUGGGUCUCGUGGCUACUAGGGAGCAACUUCACCCCCGAGGAAGAAGGCCAUGACAACGGGACAGUGACUGUUCUCAGCACACUGACAGCAUAUAGCACCAACGUGACUAAUACCACCUGCAUUGUGUCCCACCCAGCUGGGAACCAGAGCAAGUCCAUAGCCUGUCAUCCCUCAAAGAAUAGUACACGGUUUCUCCACUGUGCCGUCAGCCUUGCUAGUCUCCUGGGCCUCCUCUUCCUGCUUGCUGUUCUUCAACUCUACGCCUUCUGUGAUAACAGGUAUGUAUGGAGCAUGAUACCCACAAACCCCUUUGGCCAGCCCUGGGGAAGUCUAAAAGGGCUUCUGGUACUAUUUCACGUCGUGCACGGUCACCUCAGUCUGUCACAAACACACCAGUUCAGCACAUGGAGACUUCUUUGA